CCCUCAUCUUUUAUUUUUACUUGACGAAAAUGUCAAACUUCUCAUAUACUGUGGGCAUUCCCAUCUUUUGUGUCGGGUUUACACAUGACGAUAACCUCAUUCUUGCAGGAGGCGGCGGGUCUGGGCGAUCCGGCGUCCAGAACAAGAUUACCAUAUACAAGAUCGACAAGGAUAAGAAAACAUUAUCCACCCUCAUUGAAAGAGUAUUGAGUCGCGAUGAAGACGCCCCUAUGUCAUUGAGCGUUCACCCAACGGAACCUGUCAUGGCGUUUGGAAUCAACAGUGCAAUCAACAGAAUCGAAGCUGGAGAAAACGAAAACUGCAGGGUUUUUCAAUACUCUGAUGAGCGGAUCGAGCCUGUCCACAAUAAAGGAACGCUGUCUAGCAAGGAUCCAGAGGUUUAUCAAAAAGUUACUCGAUUUAGUAAUGAUGGGUUGUUGCUGGCGACAGGAGGAACCGAUGGAGUUGUCGCUCUACUCAAGUAUCCCACACUUAAUCCUGCCCUUCCCAUUACGCAGUUCAAAGGGCAUGAGAUUAUGGAUCUCGACUUCUCAGCAGAUGGAAAACACAUCGCUGUCGUGUCAGCCCAGAACUUGUGGAUCAUCUCUACGGCUAAAGGUCGAGUCCUUGAAGCGAUUACAAAUCCUGUUUUAAACAAGAAGAAGCCUUUUGUAUUCCGUACAUGUCGCUUCGGACGAGGAGCCUUCUCAAAUGUUCUCUAUACUGUUGUUAAUGGGGAUAACAAACAAAAGCCUUUUGUUUGCAUGUGGGAUGCCUCAAACUGGACACGCAUCCGUACCUUAACCAUUGGAUCCCGCCCGAUCACUGCUUGCACUAUCAGUCCUGAUGGAAAACUGAUUGCAUUCGGCUCUUCAGAUAUGAGUAUUCGGGUUUGCAGCGCCAAAUCUCUUCAGGUACUCAUGACUGUCCCUAAGACACACGCAUUCUCAGUAACAUCCAUGGCAUUCAAUAGCGAUGCGUCAUUAUUAGUCAGUGGAUCCGUGGAUGCUGCCUGCCACGUUAUUCCAAUCCCAAAAACAUUCCCAAAGAACAACAACUUUGCGAUAUUGGUCUUUACUCUCCUCUUCUUAUUCUUGGCUGUCGCCAUACAGGUCUACCUGACCGCUCAAAAGUAAAUCAGAGGAUUCACGCUUCUAAAAACACACACACCGAUAAAUACAUUCUUGGCACUUGUUAUCUCAAUAAGAAAUGCUUUUUCUACAUUAGAAAAAGAAAUUGAUCAUUGGUACAGUACAAGGGAUAAUAUUACAAUAGCGUACAGCAUAAUAAAAUAAUUAAAUAAU